AUGCCAGCACCACGGGCGCGGCGCGGGACAAGACAGAAUCACACGCAGGACGCAGGCUCUUUCGAGCGCAACCUCGAAUCACCAUCCCCCUGCCUCCUCGUCCUCCUCGACACGUGCUGCUCGCUGCUUCACCACCACCCCGCGCUCGCCGCGCACCUCGCCACUGCACCCAUACGCACGACCCUCGUCCUCACCAAGGUCAACAUCGCAGCCCGCGCGCGCGCCGACGCGUGGGUGCGCUCCCUCCGCGCGCGCUUCCACGGCGUGCGCGUUGCGCAGGCCGACGCCUACGCGCACGGUGGGCUGGAGAGCGCGGAGGUGGUCAAGCGCAAGCACACAUCACAGACAUACGAGCUCCCGCUACAUGUCCACAACCCAUCCCGCUCCGCCGCGCUUGCAGCCCGACAGCCUUGCAUCUAG